UGGUGCAAACGAGCCAAAGUGAUUUUAACAAUUUUUAGAGCAUCCCGAAAAUUAAUUAAAAAGGAAAUGGCUUUUAAGUUUGUUGCAGUAUUGUGUUUGGCCACCUUGGUUGCUGCCGGUGACUAUGAAUAUCAAAACCAGGGCAAUGGCGGUUACAAUGGGGUACAAGCUAACGAACCACAACAAAAACAACAGCAGCCGCAUCAACAGAACAACAAAAAUGUCCAGCAGACUGACUCUUACGGCAAUGUCGCCAAUAACGACAACCAAGCAUACAACGAGGAUUCGUAUGCAGCCUCCGGUGACUAUCAAUACGACAAUGCAAACUAUGGCUACGCUGCUGCCCCUGCCGCCUAUUAUCCUCCUGCCAAAUAUGCCUACAACUAUGAAGUCAACGAUCCCACUACCGGCGACAUCAAAUCCCACUCGGAAACCCGAGAUGGCUAUAAUGUUCGUGGUGCCUACAGUUUGAUCGAUUCCGAUGGCUUCAAGCGUACCGUUACUUACACUGCUGACAGCGUUAACGGAUUUAAUGCCGUUGUCAACCGCGAACCCAUUGCUCUGGAGGUUGUUGCUCCUGUUCUCGCUUACAAGGCGAUUGUCCCCACCACUGUGAAUGCCCCAGUUGUCGCUGCUGCUCCUGGCAACGCCGCUGGACAAGAAACUAAAGUCAAUACUGCAUCCGAUGUCAAGGAUAGCUAUGCCAAACCACCCACUUCUGAUGGCACUGGUCCAUACGCUUAAAUUAUUUAUAAUUUCUAAUUAAUUUAAAUCAUUUAUAAAAUACAAAUCAAUUCAUUUUUUUCAUUGAUUUCUUUUUUAAUAAGUCAUUAAAAAUUUGUUUUAUAAGAAGAAAA